AUGGCAUUCUACAACCCCGCUCAGCACCCCCUCCUGCGCGCCCAGCAGCAGCAGCAGCAGCAGCAGCAGCGCGGCUCUGACUCCUCCUCGCCCGCCGCCCUGCACACGCGCCUCCGACAAAACUCCUCGGUCUCGGGUCUCUCUCUAGGCUCGUCCAUCUCUUCCAGCUCAGAAGCGUUUGCAGCAGCUGCUGCUGCCGGUGGUGACGAGGAAUGGGUCCUGUUUUCGGCGGGCGAGGGGUCCUCCCUGCUCGACGAAAUAGCCGAUGACACUGUCGAUCUAGACGAUGACGAGGACGACGGCCUUGAGCAGGACGAAGGCGAUGACGAUGACGACGGCGGAAUCCCCACCCCCGGCCGCCACCUACACUCGAUCCCGGUCCCGAUCGCAAGCACAGGCUACUCCUUCCCCCAGCACGAUGGCAACGUCUCCUUCAACACCAGCGACGGAGCACAACCCUCCUCCUCCGCCGCCGCCGCCGCAGCAGCAGCAGCAGCAGCCCAAGCAGGUGGCAAUGCCGCACCGCUGUCACAAUCCUCAUCCUCGCUUGCCUCUGACGAAAUCACCGCCCGCGUGAACGCCUGGCGUCUAGACCACACCGAGCAGCUUUUCCGCGAGUUGCGCAAGUUGCAGAUCCGGCACUCGUCUUCGCGCAGGUCGAAUAGCAUAUCGAGCUGGGGAAUACCCGUCGAAGAGGAAGAAGCCGAAAACGACGAGUACGAUGCCGAUAUCGAUCCUUCCGCCGCCGCCGAUGACGACGACACCGAAAGCUACAGCACAGAAUCGCACGCUCCCUCUCUCAGAAGCACCCCAUUCAGACUCACCGAGCGCUCGCUGAGCCACCACAACAGCAUGAUUGAAGCCCUCUCGUCCUACGACGCGUUCAGCAUCAUCAACCCCGUCACCGCCGCCGACAACAUCUCGCGUUACGGCCAGCUCGAGUCGCAGAGACAAGAGCGCGUCGAGCGACAACGGUCAGCUUCGUCCGUCAGAUCCGAGACUGAUACGCACAAACGCUCGACCUCGGCCUCGAAUAUCGCCGGCGACAAGGGGUUCUGGCACCGCAUCACCCGUCGCGUUAUUCACAACAUCAUGGGCAUCGACGAUGAAGUCCUCGACGUCCUAUUUGGCGAGCGCUUCAUCGACUCUGACGGCACCGCAAUGUCUACCAACGACACCACUACCACCACCAUCAACAACACAGCAACAGCCCAACCACCUUUAUCCAGCGCGAUCCGCCGCGCGCCGUCCGUGGCCAGCGAGAAGUCGAGCUCGAUCCUCAGCUCGGCAAACAGCAAGAAGUACUGGGAAGACAGGCUGAUUGCCCGCAUCGGCCGCGAACUCAGCAUGCGCUACUGCAAGGACUACGGAAGCAUGGAGCUCUGCACCGGGCUCUUUGUCUAG